UCAACCGACGCAGCUCUCAUUAAAAAGUCAUCGGGAAGUUGCACACCUGAUCAAGUGGCGGCUAAUAUGUGAGUGCGUUAUACCGAUUCCCCACCCCUAUAAAAAAGUUCAUUCAGAAAAAGUGUUGACAUGUGUUGCUAGGCAACCCCGCGAUCGUGUGGCGUGGGAUUUUUUGAAUGACAUGUGGAAUUUAACUCGCUGAAUUCGAAUAAAUUGUUAUCGGUUUUGUGCUACAUACUUUUUAAUCGGAUUGCCGGAUAUUACGGUUUUGUUUGUCGCUAUUUAAACUUUCAAUCACUUGCUAUUGUUGCACUGACAUAACUGUUAACACUAUGGCCACUCAUGGACAAACGCAACUCUUUUCGAAUCAUAAGAUGAAUGUCGCCAAAAGCAAACCUUUCCCAAACUUCAAGAAUCUCCGCCAACUACCAAAGUGCUAAGAACUAUUGUUUAUGUUUGGUGACUGGAAACUACCCAACAUGCACUUGACCAACACCCCUUCAGGCACUGGCGUUACGGCCUCCACCCCCGAAGGAACUACCAGCCUGAUUCAGGACACGUACACCAAAAUGACCUCCGACAUCCUGGCCGAGAGGACCCUGAACGAUUUCCUGAGUGAGCAUCCUGGGGAACUCAUAAGAACUGGAAGUCCUUUGUUUGUUUGUACCGUUUUACCUCCUCAUUGGAGGUCGAACAAGACAUUACCAGUGGCUUUCAAAGUGGUGGCGUUAGGUGACAUCGGAGACGGGACUGUGGUGACUGUUAAAGCUGGGAAUGAUGAGAACUAUUGUGCGGAGUUGAGGAACUGUACGGCUGUUAUGAAGAAUCAAGUAGCUAAAUUUAAUGAUCUUAGGUUUGUUGGAAGGAGUGGAAGAGGAAAGAGUUUCACCUUAACCAUAAUGGUUUCGAGUAGUCCUCCUCAAGUUGCCACCUACAAUAAAGCAAUUAAAGUUACUGUCGAUGGUCCACGGGAACCGAGGUCCAAAACAA